GUACUAUAUAAUACCGAUAUCCCGCAGGCAGAUAAAUUUGACUAUCCCACCUUAUCUAUCGCUCCCGAAAUCAAUCAAGGCGAAAUCAGCUAACGCUUCCAAGAGUCGCGUGAUCUCCAAGCUCGCGGGUACCUCAUUCUCUUCUUCCUCGUCUCUCUAUUUCUUUGUCUGCUUUUUCCCCCACCUCACUGUCCCCAUUCUACACCACCCCCUCCUCUCCCUUGGCUUUCCGUUUUUCCUCACACCAUGCUCCGCUUCGGUCUCCGCCGUUUUGCAACGGCUGCUGAAGCCGCAAGCCCCUAUGGAAUCAAAGUCUCGAAAGCCCAAGGUAGUGUGAACGGCUUUGUUGGAGGUUUGUCAAUUUCUUGUCACUAGCAAAUUCAACCACCCCAAAUUUGAAACUAACCCGACAGCUAUCGGAAAUACGCCUUUAAUACGGCUCGGCAAGCUCAGUGAGGAGACUGGUUGUGAUAUCUAUGGAAAAGCGGAGUUCAUGAACCCAGGCGGCUCAGUAAAAGGUGCGCCCCCCGACAGCAAAUAUUCCCACCGGUAAUACAUUAAUAACACCCAUAAUAUAAAAAUCGCAGACAGAGCAGCACUGUAUGUCGUUAAAGAUGCGGAGGAGAAGGGUCUCAUCAAGCCAGGCGGAACCAUUGUAGAAGGCACCGCAGGGAACACAGGUAUCGGACUUGCGCAUGUGUGCCGGUCGAAAGGUUAGCCCAAUUUUUUGCAAUUGGUGAUAUCGAGGGUCAAGCUGACCUUCUUCAAACGAUCAAAGGGUAUAAGUGCGUAAUAUAUAUGCCCAAUACCCAGUCACAAGGGAAGAUAGACCUUCUCCGAUUAUUGGGUGCUGAGGUAUUCCCUGUACCAGCUGGUAAGAUGCUUAUCCGGCAGAAACUGUUCCGAGGGACGCUCCUAACGCUUUCCUAGUGGCUUUUGAGGACCCUGAAAACUACAAUCACCAGGCCAAACGCCACGCUGGUGAGCAUCUCUCCCCCCCCUCUCAUCCCCAAUCCCAAGCCUAAUUAUCCUUAGAAAAAACCGAGAACUCAGUUUGGACAAACCAGUUCGAUAAUGUUGCAAACCGUCGUUCCCAUAUUGAGACAACAGGACCGGAGAUCUGGACCCAGCUCGGCGGCAAAGUCGACGGCUUCACGUGUGCAACUGGUACUGGCGGAACACUCGCAGGCGUUACGCGCUACCUCAAAGAAGUGUCUGACGGUCGCACUGAAUGUUGGCUCGCCGACCCUCCCGGCUCAGUCCUCUUCUCCUACAUUACUUCCGGUGGAAAACUCAGCGAGCGCACUGGGGGAUCUAUCACUGAAGGAAUCGGCCAAGGGCGCAUAACAGACAACCUCAAACCCGAGAUCAAACUUAUCAAUAACGCACUGUAUAUCUCGGAUGAAAAGUCCAUCGCAAUGGUCUACAGACUUCUCGACGAAGAAGGAUUGUACAUGGGCGCCAGCAGUGCCUUAAAUGUUGUCGCAGCUUACGAGCUCGCCCAGAAGCUUGGCCCUGGAAAAAGUGUAGUCACUCUACUGUGCGAUGGUGCCUAUAGAUACGCGGAUAGGCUUUUUAGCAGGAAAUGGUUAGAUUCCAAGGGCUUGUACGAAGCGAUCCCGGAACACUUAAGGAAGUACAUUGUGCUGGAAUAAGGGCGAACAGUAGAUAGAACAACACUAUCAAACGGCGGAUACGCUGGGUAGAUUGGAGGCUUGUAAAUACUUUAGGGUGGCGGCGUUCCUCUCAGCGGUGGCCAACAAAUACAUUUGAAUCCUCGUUCAAAGGGAGAAAGCCAG